AUGAAGAGGUUACGUCCCUCGCGAUGGACCGGCCAGAUGGUCUACCAAGCUCGGUCAGGAGCAGCAGUCGGUAGUCACGCCCAGCACUCAUUGAUGGCGUCAUGCGCUGCAGUUAGCAGCAGGAGAUGUCAAUCGACAAUCAGCAGCAGCAGCAGUACGACACCUUCGUCGUCACCGGCCGAGACGCGCCGAUCCCCCCUUCCCUCGCCACGACCGGAACGAUCCCUCGAGUCGGCCAAGCUGGCCGCUCUGCACGCCCGCCUCUCCCUCUCGAGCAAGGUGCCUCUGCAGACGCUGGCGCGCGCACUAGUGACUCCCUCUGCGGACGCCAACGCCAGCUUCAACAAUCAGAACCUGGCCACCCUGGGUGCCAGCAUCAUCAACUACCACGUGCUCGAGCACCUGGUAUGCAAAUUCCCGCGUCUGCCCAUGGCUAUCCUGUACGAGGCCCUGAGGGCAUACUCUGGCCCGGACGCACUGGCUCAGGUGGCGCGUCGAUGGGGUACGGACGAGGCCGCCGCCCCGGGAGAGGAGGUGGACCCUGGACUGCUGCAGUGGUCGCCCGCCCCCAAGCCCGCGUCGGCGUCCGCAACUUCCGCACCCACCUCCCAGUCAACCUCAGGCUACGUCCGUGCUGACCUGGACAAGUACCGUCGCGGAAUAAGCAGCCGUGUUGUUCUGGACGACGACUUUGGUGACAAGGUCGUGUCGGACGCCUCGUCGCCCCAUAAUUUCGAGCAGCUUCAGAACCGGGCCUUCUCGUCGUUUGCCCAGGCCGUUGUCGGCGCCAUCUACGCCCACUGCGGCCGCCAGUCGGCCAAGGCCUUUGUCGACAGCCACAUCCUCUCGCGCUACCUCGACCUCUCGUCCCUGUUCGCCUUCAACCUCCCGACGCGCGAGCUGUCAAUGCUGUGCGCCCGCGAAGGGUUCGAACCGCCCCUGGCCCGUCUCGAGAGCGAGACCGGCCGCCUGUCACGCACCCCCGUCUUCGUCGUCGGCAUCUACAGCGGCAAGGAGAGGCUGGGUGAGGCUGCUGGCUCGAGCCUCGACAUGGCCCGACGGAAAGCUUCCAUGAACGCCCUCAAGGCCUGGUACCUCUACAGUCCGGCCAGUAAGGUCCGUGUGCCUAGCGAGAUGUUUGAGCAGGGCGCCAAGCCUUGGAAGGCUCCUCACAUUGACAUCGGCGAGCUUCUGUAG